CACAUUCCCUCCCUUAUUUCAACCUUCUGCGUGAGAAACUGUCAGCAUCCUCCUCCCCCCCCUCCCACACUGCGUGCGACAAAAGCCAGGUUGUAUAGUCAAUUCUCGGUAAAAUAAAUAUUUUUAUGGGCUUAUACGACUUUCCUUCGCCGUUAAUAAAUACUUUAUAAGUUUAAGUUAUUAUGAUACAAUUUGUUUAUUAGUCACACAGCAGUAUGUGCUGAAAAAUCACUAAUACCUCGAAUUUUAUUGAAUAAAAAAAUUUAGCAGGGCCGUAAAUAUAUUUAUUUUACUGCAUAGUUACUUUUCCAUCUGCAUUCCAACGUGCUUUUUUUCCUUUUUUUUUUACGCUGUGAAGGGACGUGGGAAAGAUAAUUGCUUGAGCUGUCAAAAUAAACAUCGCUGACGGCAGGGCGGGAGCGCAUCCUGUCGGUCUGUCGCUGUGAUUAUCUACUCCAAAAACAUGUCACAGCAUUUCAGGAUAGCAUUGCUCUUAUAUCUUGCGUUUAUAGCCGAAUGUUUUCUACCUGAUCCACACAAGUUCCUUCGACACGUAGAACGAAAAUAACCACCAGCUGGCUAGCAUAGCCGAAUUCGCGUGACGCGAAUUCACUUAGCGUGAGUAUUUAUCGGAACCCAUUGUUCGGGGUAUGCGAGUCCGAGGUGUAAUAUGAAUUUAAAAAGUUGUCUUUUUUACACCAUAGACUAAGUUUCAUGGGAAAGAAAAUAUUCCAUUGACAAACACCUAAAGUCGGCUAAGCAUGUGGCAUUGGCAGCCGAAAAAAAAAGAAAAUUUGUAGUUGCAAACAUCUAUAGCAACGUGUCUGUUUUGUGUAACUGUUUUAGAUUUAAUUGGCUGUUAUUAUGCAUAUUAGUCUAUUCUUAGUAUACAUGGAUUGUUUAUUAAAUAUGUUAACUAUUAUAUUCCUUAACUGCACAAUUUAGUCAACAUUUAAAAUAUCGGUAAAAUUUCCAUUGCAUAACGAAAAUACUAGGAAUGUGCGAAAGUGACUUUAUCCACACGAAAUGAAAGUGAAAGAAAAUUUAUCAAGUUUCGCGAAAGUGAAACGAAAAUGAAUUUUUCUAUGAGAUAAAUAUAUUCUUAACGAAAGUUAAGCAAAAUUUUUUAAUUAACAAAGAAAAAAAGUGCCCCAAAAUUUGCUCUUCAGUAAUAAAUUCUAUUACAUAAAUCAUUUUGGUACCUUUUGAUGUAUAUAUAAAUAUUACUAUUUAAUAAAAUCAACAUCCGCCCUAGACCACACAACACAGCCCCAUGUCACUCGUAAAUUUCAAGAAUCAAUCCAGAUCUUUCAGCGCACAGACUAUUUCCUUUACAGUCGUAAUUUCGCAGUCUAUGAUAAUAUAUUUAUCACGUGCAUGGUACUGAUGAAAAAAUACGUGAAUACUGCGGAACGGCCGCCAUAUUGCACCACUGUCACACAUGGCUAGCUCAGGAAGCUGUAAACUAGGCAAUGGACAUGGUCAAAACAAAACAUAACAAAUGGUUGCUGCCAAGUGGUCAUUACAUGCAGUGACUUGUUGACCUUUUUGUCUAAUUGGCUGUAUAUUAUGAGGAUUUUAUAUGCCAGUCAGAGUAUGUAAAAUUUAAAUAAAGCAGACGACAAUGUUUUUGUUUGGCUGUGCGCGAAUAAAAGUAGGUACGUUCUUUGUUUAUGUGUAUACGGUAAAUACUAAAUAGUGUACUAACAGUUCUGGAAUGUAUGUUUUACGAAUAUAGUACCUACACUACUUUUUGAAAGCAAAUGAAUCAGGUAAUUUUUCAAAUAUUGCAUGAUUUUGUUUUGAUACCUAGGCCUACUGUAAUCACGGUUGAAUUUUGUUUACUUUAUCUGCCAUGUUUGUUCAAAUUAUGAUUUUACCGUAUUUUCAUUAACGUGAGUUUUUUUCAUCACCACGUAAAUUAAUCUUAAUGGAAAUCUUUUUUCUAAUUAAUGUCUUUAUAUGAUUUGCAUAUGUUAUUACAUUAUUAGUAAUAACAAGCAAAUCACAUAAAGACAUUACAGUAGAAUCUCAGUGCUAAGUACUUACAGGUACCUCAAGUUUUUGUACUUAGCACUGAAACAUGCAUACAUAUCUUUACAAAGAGAAAAAAAUAUAUAAAAAAAUAGCUACAGGAGAGCCGCAAUGCCAUAUGUAUUCGCAACUGCGACUUGCUUUUUUCCCCGUGUCUAGUUCUCUGAGUAUAUCCACUUUUUCCUUAAGCGUGAAUUGCUUUCGUUUCUUUUUAUCUCCAGGAUCAUUCAUAUUGUAGCACAAAUACAAUGCGGUGUUUAAAUAACGUAACCUGAAAAUAAACUCAACAAUAACAAUAAACAAUCCCGGCACAGACAUCAAACAGUAUUUUUAGCGUAGCGUAACACUUUUGUCUAAAUAAUUAAUACUUCUCUCAAACCUCCGUCUUUCGAUGUAUCGAAUGGUGUUGUGUUGCUCACGUCGCAUACUACGUACGGUAUAAUCUAUGGUUGUGCGCGCAACUGUUUGUUAACUUUGUUUUGAGAAUUUAGAGGUUAGAAAAUACGUUGCGUUGGUAUUUGUGUAUCUUUGUUCUACUACAUUAAUCAUUUAGCUGGAAAUUUAUUUACCAGUAUAAGUAAAUUUUGGUGUAGUAAUGCCACGCUACUAGUAGAAUUUAUACGUUAUAGUGAAAAUGAUACUUUAAACUGAAACCGUUUUGCAUGGCGAAGAUACGAUUUUUGGCGGGGACUUAAAAAAAAUUCGUUAAGUGAAAUAUACUUUAUAAUAAGGAACGUUAUUGUACCGGUAUUAUACUGUACAUUUUUAUUAAAUUACGAUUUCUUUUUCAACUAGAACAAACGAACUUCGGUAAGCUAUUGAACUUUCGUUUGGCUCGAAAUAUUUCGCUAAAAACGAACUUCGACAGAUGAAAUUCUUACCGAAAUCGAAAAUGAAAGUAGCAAAAUUUCGAUUUCGGUAUCGGUAUACCGAACAUUCGCACAACCCUAGAAAAUACCAACUUUAAACCACCGCUUUUUGCAUACUGAAAACACCGAAAUUUUCCAGGCCCUAACUAUAAUGCACCUUCAACAAGUUUGGGGAUCACAUCUAAUCAGCAAGUAAAAAAAGGGAAAGCAAAAGUGCAAUCAGAUACCAUAAACAAUGACAUUAGGCCUACUUCUGAUGUGCCAUUGUGCCAUAGUACAAAAGUGUUAUGCAACAAGAUAUCAUCUGCAAAAAAAGUAAGAAGAUAACAACAGAAGAAAAAUGUUUGAAAGAACUGGAGAAAAAAAGAAAGCAAAGGGAAAGAAUGAAACAGGAUCCUGAGGCAAGAGAAAGAUUUAGACAAAGAGAGAGAGAGAGAUAUUUACCAGACAAGAAAGCAGAAAGGCAAAAUAAUGUUAAUCACAGAUUUAUCGCCUAGAGAGAAGCGACAAAGGAGGAAAGACUGGAGAGAAAGGCAAAGAAAAAGCAGACAAACUAAGAAAGCUCAUGAUGAAGUGGUAGCUUUUCUAGAGACUUCGUCACUAACACCACCACCAAUUCAAGACAGAACAAUUCCCAACAAGAGAAGGCAAUCGGGCAGGAAAAAAGUAAGGAAGAAUAGAAGUGCAGUGUAUCGAGCUCUUAAAAGAAGUGAGAAAGAUGUUGAUAAAUACAUGAGGAAGGCAGAGAAACUAAAGAAACGACUUCAAAGAAUCAAGGUACAAAAUAAUACAAUGGGUUCUCCAUCACCAAAUUCUAAAGUGUAGAAAAUGCUAAAAUCAGGCACCCAGAAAGACAUUAAAAAAAACUGCUUUUUGGUGAAGUACUUAUGUCUGAGCUAUCCAACACUGCAAAACAUUCUACAGAGAAAGAUAAGAGACGCCUCACAAAUAUUGUUUCUGGUAAAAUUAUAAAAAAAUACAGACUUUUACACGAAACAGGAUUUCUCAGUGUUCGACAGAGACUUCAUAUAGGAAGACAACCUGUCAAAAGAAAACAAAAACAAAAUGCAAUGUCGCAACAAACAAAAUAUAUGGUUUGUAGAUUUUAUGAGGAAGAUGUCAACAGCUCUAUGACACCUGGUAAAAAGGAGUUUGUCACAAAGAACAAAACCAAAAAGAAAAAAAGAGUUCUUCUAGAUUCAUUGAAAAAUUUACAUAGGAAAUUUAAUCAAACUAAACCAAACAACAUUAGCAUAUCAUAUGCAACCUUCUGUAAACUGAAACCGUUUUGGGUUGUUCAUCCUCAAGUGUCCGACAGGGAUACUUGUUUAUGCACAAAACAUGCAAACUACCAAUUUUUGAUAGAUAAGCUACACUAUCAUAAACUGCUGAAAGUCAAAAAUGUCAGUGACGUGAGCAACAUUGUUUGUUGUAGUAAACUUUCCAAAGAAUGUAUGUACCGAGAAUGCAGUCGUUGUGAAAAUAAGGCUUUGCCCAUAGAAACAGUAGAAAGCAAACUGUCGGAACAGACAUUUUAUUAUCAAUGGACUCCAAAAACCGAAGAACGAAUUGACAAAAAUGGGAAAACUAUAAACGUUAAAUUAACAAAGAAAAAAAAAAUUGUUUGUGACAUCCAACAGCUCAUUGCAAAAGCUCAAGAAAACUUAGCAAGUUUUCUAAAGCACACAUUCAAUUGGUGGCAUCAAUUUUCUACACUUAAGAAGCUUAAAACAUCACUUAAUGCAAAUGAAAUUCUUGUUGUCAUUGAGUUUUCGGAAAAUUACGUUUGCAAGUGUAAUGAAGAAGUUCAGAGUGCACAUUUUGGAGCCUCUUAAGAUCAGGUUACACUACACACAGGUGUAAUUUACUUUCACAAGGAAGUUAAAGAAACCAGUAAUGUAGUUACACAAAACCAAGAUGGUUAUUCUGUGAUGUCUUUUUGUACAAUAUCCGAGUGUUUGAGGCAUGAUGCCUGUGCCGUAUGGGCCCAUGUGCAUAGGAUACUACAGGUUGUUCAAGAUGAGUUUCCAGAUGUCAACACAGUACACUUUCAAAGUGAUGGGCCAACAACUCAAUAUAGGAACAGAACUAAUUUUUUUCUUCUGACUUAUUUUGCACGCAAAUUCCAACUAGAAAAUGUUACAUGGAACUUUACUGAAAGUGGACAUGGAAAGGGUCCAGCAGAUGGAAUAGGGGGAGUUUUAAAGAACACAGCAGAUCAGGCCGUAGCAUAUGGAACAGACAUAAUAGAUGCUAAAAGAUUGUUGCAAACAUUAUCAAAUUGCAAUCUUAAUAUCAAACUUUUUGAAGUAGAAGAAACAGAUAUAACAAAUGUUGAUGAAAUAAAACUGAGUAGUUCUUGUAUUCCAGUACCUAAUACAAUGAAACUACACCAAGUUACAUGGAAUAAAAAUGAUCCUUCAAAGCUACAGAUACGAUACUUGAGUUGUUUCAUGUGCGCUACCAACAAAGAAUGCAAACAUUUUAGCUUAAAUCCCUCAUCUGUAGAUUUACUUCAUCACUCUUUGGUUGCAAGUAUCCUUUUACAAAGCAUUAUAUGUAGGGGUGUGCGGGAAUAGGUUUUUGUACUGCGGGAAAUUUUUGGGAAAAAAUAAAUUAUUCCCGUGGGAAACGGGACGGGAUCAGGAAAAUUAAAGAAAAAGCAAUUUUUUAAUUCUAAUAUGAGAAGAUGGCCAUUUAAACAUUUCUUGCAAAGUUAGUUGUUUUUUUUUGCUGCUAUUUCUUUUGUCUGCUUCACUUGCCCUUUUUUCAGUGGCGACUUCAUAUUUUUUAGCAUCCUCAAAUUCUUUUUUUAUAGAGGGAUGUUUAUUGAGAUGUCUUAGUAAUCCAGACGUGCUACCAUGCUUGCAUCUUAGAAAUUUUUCACACGAGACACACUUUGUCAGGGAUUUACUGUCUGUCAGACGUUCAAAAUACUUCCAAACACUUUUAGUUUUACAAGUAACAAGCUGAUCGGUUGCGACCUCCAUUAUUUGUAGGCGGCUAGUUUGUUUUAAUAUACAACGGCAUCGAAAAUAGGAACAGAUACUUUGCACAAACAAGCCUUAAUAACGUAACAUCAACCGACAAAGCCCGCCAAACUAAACAGUAAACAACUAUUUUUUUUUCUCCCAAAGUAAAAUCAUAGAUGUUUAGAUACUCGUGAGCAGUGGUGUAAAACUACGUGAUUUCAUAUUUUAUAAAUGUGCCAAUACAGUUCUCUACAUCGCCACUGCUAUCAAGUAAUGAGAACGGUUACGCUUCGUUAUGUAACGCGUCUAGUAUUUCUUAUAUCUUUGGCGAAAAGGUUGGAUUGCGCAUGUGUUUUGUUUGUGUCUAAGGACACAGUGGUUUUAGGUUAAGUAUUCGAUGGUGACGGCAAUAACGUUAUAUAACUGACUAUUCACGUAUCUUGCAAAUUUGUACCCUUGAAGAAAUAUAUUUAUGAAUGCAUACAAUAUUUAAGGUACUCCAUGUACGUUUUUUAUAUUCCAAUUAGAUAUGUGUAAACAAUUAUCAUAAUUCACUGCACACCACAGCUGUCGCUAUGAUCGGCAUACGUUUAAAAGAUGUUUUGCGUUUAAAUAGUACGGAAACUCUUCAAAAAUGUACGAUUCCAUAAAAAAUAUUGUUGUAAAAACAGUUUGAAUUGAUAGAAAACAUUUUCACAUGAUUAGUAAACUUUUGUAAAUUUUUAAACAAUUUCCCGAAAAAUUCGGCAUUUGGUGAAGCCUAUUUUCCCGACUUUUUUCCCGAAGCGUCGGGAUCCCGCACACCCCUAAUUAUAUGUAAUGUUAUUCUCCAUGUAAGUAGUUAUGUUCUGUUCAUAUUACAUUUGUUUUUAACAACUUCCUGGUUACUAUUAAACAGUUCUCUUAUUGAGAUUGUUGUUCUGUAGUUUAAAUGAGAGACACAGUACACAAUUUACUUGAUUUGCAUCACAUAAUCUAUGUAUCUGCAUUGAGUUAUUUUCCUCAAUUUUCUGCAUUUAGACAAUGACUGCAAUGGAUCAACACUUGUAAAUAAAUCUAAAAGAAAUUACAGUAAAACAUCACUUGUUGGAAAAUGGGUUGCAGUUAUUUAUGAUGAACAGUGGUAUCCAGGCUUAGUUGAAGAUGUUGAUGGCAACAUGGUGACGAUCACUUUCAUGUCCCGAGCUGGAAAGCGGUUUUAUUCGCCUACCAAACAAGACAGUCAUGUAGUGCCUGAAGAUGAAAUCUUGUGUUUGAUUGAAGCUGCACCGUGCCCUGUGUCUUCAAGACAUUUUACAAUCGCAAGUAGAGCUGGGCCGAUCACCUAUUUUGCAGAUCAUGCCGAUCAUCUGCUGCCGAUCUUGCCGAUCUUCUGAGCCGAUUAGAGCCUUUCAAGUACCUCUGAUUACACGUUGCUUUUGACGGAUCACUAUAAACGGUGAAAUAUUCCCAGACAAAACUACUUUUCAUUGACAUGAUUACUUAAAAAUCACGACAUAAUAAAUUUCACGGACUAGCGAUUAUACAGGUAAGCCCGGAAGGUCUUGUCAAGCUUCUCAGACACCAGCGUGCAGCUGGGUUAAGACCAAGGUCAUGUGACGUAACAUCUCCCGAGGCUUACUGCGCCUUGGCAGCAGAUGGAUAAAAAUAGUAAACUCCCCAUUAUUCGUGUUCAUUGGGACCCGCCGAUGCCCGGAUAAUUGAAAUUCUGUAAAAAAAAAAAAAUAAAUAAACCCGGAUAAUCUGUUAACGGUAAGGGCCGCCUUCGAAUUGUUGUCUCGGCUUAAAAAAAUACGGCACUGCAUAGCCAUUAGUUCACGGUCAUUUACAACAGCCGAAGAGAGAAAGAUAAGAUCAUGCUGACCUUGUACACAUAAAUUUUGGGUAGCUCCCCACCCCCCUCCACCCCUUCGACCAGCCGAAUGCCAGCCAGACACGUCACUCGCCAGGCGCCUGCCGUGCGUUGGCGGGUGGAAAGUAACUCAGCAGCACAUCAAACAACAUUCAAACAAACGGGAGACGGGAAGCAGAAGUCAGAACAUCCCCCUCAAGUUUAAAGAGUGACAAAUGUGACAGCUGA